CCAUCAGCUGUUUUGGCUGGCCUGAGUCAAGCUGAGCUCAGCGCUUCGGUAGCUGCUUCAGUUCUGCUGUAAGCCGCCUUCAGGUUGCACGCGUCGCUGUGCGUUUUGUCGCGUGUGUUUUUGCUGCGGAUUUACAGUUACAUUAACAAACUCGUGUCGUGUGCGCUUGAAUGCCAAAUUUAAUAGCCACUGUGGCACAACAGCAACAACCGUUAACAGCAACUAGCGUUUAAUUUAACAACGUUUUCAAACUGAAAAGGAAAGAAACUUAAACAGAAACAGAUAUAAAAAGCAAAUCGUUUACUUUCGUUUUUCCAACUUUCAUUUUUGUUUGCCGCACUCACAAGUUUUCAUUGAAAAAAGUGUCACUGUCAGAGGCUGUGCUCUAUUACACAAAACCCCGUCAAACGGUGAUAACGAAUCGAGAGUUAAAUACGACAAGUUGUCCCAAAAAUACAAAAAACCACAACAAACACACGGAGUCGAUAUGGCGCUCAUGGACACCGCUUGGCGCUGCCGCCUGAUGAUAUUCGGAGUCGCUUCGCUGCUGCUGGUUGGCGAUCUCUUCGGCUAUGGCGGCUACAGUGUGCGCGGCGUUAAAUCGGAUCAUCCGGAUGAGGUGGGCGUGCAGGGUGGCGGUGCGCCGACUGGACCAGCUGCUGCUGGCAAGUUUCAGCAGAAGAAUGCCGAAAUCGACAUAGGCGAAGAACACGACUUUGAUGAGUUCUCGGCAGCAGCUGCACUCAAGCCAGCUGCAGCUUUGACUGGAGCCAGUCUGAAAACCAAGUCACGGCUGUCGGAUACCACCAUCAAGGAAUCGUGUCUGCCCAAGAUGCUGUGCGAGCUGGCUGCAAAGCCCGAAUACCAGCUGAGCGAAAAGGAGCGCGAGCUGCUUCGAUUGAUCAGAUCGCCGACUAUGCCCUGGAUGAUGAAUAUGCCGCCAAGUAAAUGGUAUUUUGCUGCCCACAUGGGCGAGCUCAUGCGUCACACUAGCGACAAUCUGAGCGGACCCGCAGGCUGUGCCAAUCUCUGGCCGAACUGCCCCAUCAGCUCCAAGAAGCUAAUGAAACUCAGCUAUAAAGUGCGCGUGUAGAUGCCAGCCAAUGUGAUCAUAGAUUAUUAACUUAAGCACUAGAUAUAGUAGGCGUGCAAACACACACACACACACA